AUGCAUAGGGCAGCGCGACGUCUCGGGAGGCUCUUGGCUCCUCCGGCCUGCGGGUGGCGCUGUGGGCGCCGAGCGGAGCGUGUGCAAGAGCAGGAGACGAUCCUGGAUGCCCUGCGGGACCCUGAGAGUCGCGCCGGGCUGGAGAGGGGCUGGAGCGCGCAGGCCCCGCUCUCGGAGGACCGCCCCGCUCCCGGCAGCCUGCGCAAUUCCGGACCGCGGGCGACAGCGACUCGGCCCCCGGGGAGGGCUCCUGACGCCCGACUGGAGCACAGACUCCGGCCGAGAACCUUCCCCAUGAGCUCCGCCCCGGGUCUCGGGCCCUCGCUGGGCAGGCGCAGGGGGGGCUCGGCUACGCAGUAUCUUCAGGUGCCAUCAGAUUCUUCAAAUAGAGAAGACUCCAUUGAGGAGGACGAGGAGGAGGAGGAAGAUGAGGAAGAGGAGGACGACUUGGAAGUUAAGGAAGAAAAUGGUGUCUUAGUACUAAAUGAUGCAAACUUUGAUAACUUCGUGGCCGACAAAGACACUGUGCUGCUGGAGUUCUACGCUCCGUGGUGUGGACAUUGCAAGCAGUUUGCUCCAGAAUAUGAAAAAAUUGCCAGUGUCUUAAAGGAUAAUGACCCUCCCAUUGCUGUUGCUAAGAUCGAUGCGACUUCAGCGUCCAUGCUGGCCAGCAGGUUUGAUGUGAGUGGCUAUCCCACCAUCAAGAUCCUUAAGAAGGGGCAGGCUGUCGACUACGAGGGCUCCAGGACCCAGGAAGAAAUCGUUGCUAAGGUCAAAGAGGUCUCCCAGCCCGACUGGACGCCUCCACCAGAAGUCACGCUCGUGUUGACCAAAGAUAACUUCGAUGAAGUUGUGAAUGAUGCAGAUAUCAUUCUGGUGGAGUUUUAUGCCCCAUGGUGUGGACACUGCAAGAAACUCGCCCCCGAGUACGAGAAGGCCGCGAAGGAGCUCAGCAAGCGCUCACCGCCGAUUCCCCUGGCAAAAGUCGAUGCCACUGCAGAGACAGACCUGGCCAAGAGGUUCGAUGUCUCCAGCUAUCCCACCCUGAAAAUUUUCCGCAAGGGAAAGCCUUUUGACUACAAUGGCCCACGAGAAAAGUAUGGGAUCGUUAACUACAUGGUCGAGCAGUCCGGGCCUCCCUCCAAGGAGGUCCGGACCCUGAAGCAGGUCCAGGAGUUUCUGAAGGAUGGAGAUGAUGUCAUCGUCAUUGGGGUCUUUAAUGGGGAGAGUGACCUAGCCUACCAGCAGUAUCAGGAUGCCGCUAACAGCCUGAGAGAAGAUUACAAAUUCCACCACACUUUCAGCACCGAAAUAGCCAAGUUCCUGAAAGUCUCCCCAGGGAAGCUGGUUGUAAUGCAGCCUGAGAAAUUCCAGUCCAAGUAUGAGCCCAGGAGCAACGUGAUGGACAUGGAGGGUUCGGUGGAGGGGUCGGCCAUCCAGGACUAUGUGGUGAAGCACGCCUUGCCCCUGGUGGGCCACCGCAAGACCUUCAACGAGGCCAAGCGCUACAGCAGGCGCCCCCUGGUGGUCGUCUACUACAGUGUGGACUUCAGCUUCGACUACAGAGCAGCUACUCAGUUUUGGCGGAACAAAGUCCUGGAGGUGGCCAAGGACUUCCCCGAGUACACCUUUGCCAUUGCUGAUGAGGAGGACUAUGCCACGGAGGUGAAGGACCUGGGCCUCAGUGAGAGCGGUGAGGACGUCAAUGCAGCCGUCCUGGACGAGAGCGGGAGGAAGUUCGCCAUGGAGCCGGAGGAGUUUGAUUCUGACACCCUCCGGGAGUUUGUCACAGCUUUCAAAAAAGGAAAGCUGAAGCCAGUCAUCAAAUCCCAGCCAGUGCCCAAGAACAACAAGGGUCCGGUCAAGGUCGUGGUGGGGAAGACCUUCGACUCCAUUGUGAUGGACCCCAUGAAGGACGUCCUAAUCGAGUUCUACGCACCGUGGUGCGGACACUGCAAGCAGCUGGAGCCCGUGUACACCAGCCUGGCCAAGAAGUACAAGGGCCAGAAGAGCCUGGUUAUCGCCAAGAUGGAUGCCACUGCCAACGACAUCACCAGUGACCGCUACAAGGUGGAGGGCUUCCCCACCAUCUACUUUGCCCCCAGUGGGGACAAAAAGAACCCAAUUAAAUUUGAGGGUGGCGACAGAGAUCUGGAGCACUUGAGCAAGUUUGUAGAAGAACAUGCCACAAAACUGAGCAGGACCAAGGAAGAGCUUUGAAAGCCUUGAGGUCUGCAGAGGGUCGAGGGACCAGACACACUGUGGCUUCUGAUGGCUGCAGCCAGGGGUGCCAGCCCGUGGUACGGCCGGGCCACAUACAUAGUGGCAGUACCUUGAUUUUUUUUUUCCCCAAUUUUUUAUACUUUGGUAUUUCACCUCAUGCUCUGAAUAUGGAAUAGUCAUGAAUGACUCAGUAGUUUGGUCCAGAUUUUUAUGGAGGAUACAUCUAUUUUUAUCAUUUGGGGUUUGAUUUUUUUUUUACCUUCUACUUUACACUUCCUCAGAGCAGAUAAGUUGAGACUCUUCUGUGCAAGAAUGUUUUCUUUUUUAAUUUAAAGUUUAAGAAAUGCUUUGCCAGAUCACA